AUGAUCAGAGGGACUUCGGAUACGGUCUCCACGAUGCUCACAAGUCAAAAACACGCACAUGGGUCGUCCAUAUUCGAGGAUGAAGAACCCCGCACGAUCGAAGUCCAGCCGUUGCUGCUAUCACCGCAAAUGCGAUUUUAUACAUCGGAAGCUUCCAGAUCACUGCAUCCAUGCGAGCGUGGCUGCUCUUCCGACGCUAAAAGGGACGUUCGGACCCCUCACCGACGCGAGAAACGAUGGACGUGGGACAGCGAGGAAGCCCUAUAUCAGACGAUGUGUUUCGCGGAAGAUCCAGCGUCGUCCUUCCUACACCCCGCCCACAGACGCAACGCUCUCUUCUUUGCGAUUCCGAUUAUGUUGAUGACUACGGGCGCGCUAUGGCUCGUCUUGACUGGUGGCGCGCUGCUAUGUCGAGCGUCUGGGAGUGUAGCUGGGUCCGUAAUGGAGGGCUCUGACGGCAUCGUUCUUGCUCCACCAGACAUAUUGCAUUCCUGGGCAGCGUACACACCGUACUUCUCGGCGGAGCCCUACAGAUCGCCUCCAUCCGAUUGUAAGAUCACCCAAGUGAACAUUAUUCAACGGCAUGGGGCGAGGUUCCCUACAUCAGGCGCCACCAUGGGUAUCGUAGCUGCAGUCAACAAGCUGCUAGCUGCAACCUCGUACACGGACCCGCGAUUGGAUUUCCUCCGCAACUACACGUAUUCGCUAGGAGUCGCAGAUCUAGUCCCCUUUGGCGCGCUCCAAUCCGCAGAGGCUGGCGCUCGCUCCUAUUAUCGAUACUCCAAAUUGGUUUCCAAGAGGAAUAUCCCAUUCGUAAGGUCGUCCAGCGGGCAACGAGUCGUCGACUCUGCGACGAACUGGACUGCUGGUUUCUCUUUGGCAAGCAACCGUGUGUAUAACCCGCCACUAUCUGUCAUCCUCGAUGAAGACCGUAACGAUACCCUCGACGAUAAUAUGUGCCCCAACGCAGGCGAUUCAGACGCCCAAACGGAGAUCUGGACGAACAUCUUUGGCGCGCCUAUCGCCACUCGUUUAAACGCCCAGGCACUUGGCGCCAAUCUCACCGCCACAGACAUUUCAUUCCUGAUGCCGCUUUGCGCUUUCGACUCCAUCGUGCGGAAAGCGCCGAGCCCGUUCUGUGACCUCUUCACGCCCGCCGAGUUUGCUCAGUACGAGUACUACGGGGACUUGGAUAAGUAUUAUGGCACUGGAUAUGGACAGGAGUUAGGCCCGGUCCAAGGCGUCGGCUAUGUCAACGAGCUCCUCGCGCGCCUGACGGAGACGCCCGUGCAAGACGAGACGCAGACCAACCGGACUCUCGACGCCGAUCCGGCCACGUUCCCGCUCAACCGCACGAUCUACGCAGACUUCUCGCACGACAACCAGAUGAUCGCCAUCUACGCUGCGAUCGGGCUCUUCCCUCAGCCGCAGCCGCUCGAUCCCGCCAAACCUGAUCCUGAGAGGACCUGGGUGACUAGUCGCCUGACGCCUUUCAGCGGACGGAUGGUCACGGAGCGCUUGACGUGCAAGAAGUUGCAUGGAUCGGCGGGAGUCAAGGGUGGCAAGAACUCGGCGAGUUAUGUGAGGAUCUUGGUCAACGACGCCCUGCAGCCUCUUGAGUUUUGUGGUGCCAAGGGAGAUGGACUUUGCGAGCUUGAGGCUUUCGUCACGAGUCAGGCGUAUGCCAGGAAUAACGGCGAUGGAGACUUCGAGAAAUGCUUCUCAUGA